GACAUUUUGCAGCGCACCAUAGCGCUCCCUUGUGGAGAAGUACCAGUGGUACAUUUGGUAACCGUGCUGCUCAGGCUGUAAUAGGGUUUAAGAGGUUUUGCUCGCCCCUGAAAUCCAUCCAUUCUAGGGAGAAAGACAGAUUUGUAAAGCCUGUAAAUGCCUGAGUAUAGGCAAAAGCUACUGGCAGACCAAGACUUUUUAUCCACAACCUUACAGAAAUACAUUUUAAAAAAGGUUUCUGAAUACUCGGACUCGUGUCAUAGCCUAUAGUAGGCUAUAGUAGGCCUACUUUGUAUUUAUUUCCUUUUUCGUAAACUUCCUUUGUUUUGUAGGAACUAUAAAAAUAUGCAAUAUAUUUUAAUAUGGUGUGAUUUGCUGAUAUUUCGGACCGCCAUAUAAAUGACUUCAAGCAUGUCUUCUAAUGGAAAAGAAAAAUACUUUGCGUUAAAAGACUUCGUUUAAUCCUAAUUUUGUUUCGGACUUAUAUUUUAGCUUCAUUAAUUGUAAAAUACUUUCGGCACAAAAACAAAGAAGGCUUUUUUUCAUUUUUUUAUUUUUUUCUACCUCCUGGUGGGUGACGCGGACCGGUGGGCUCCGGAGUUCAGGCGAGAGCGGUGAGACAGCCGAUUGGCUAGCUGGACUGUAGUGAUGGGGCACAAGCUGGACCUGUCCGGCCUGACGGAGCUGGAGGCGGAGCACGUGUUGCAGGUGGUGCAGAGGGACAUGAAGUUAAGGAAGAAGGAGGAUCAGCGCCUCAGUGACCUCCGCCAGGAGCUAGAGGAGGAGGACGGCCGCUGCCUGCUGCUCUCCCGCCAGGCGCGCUUCAACCAGCUGUGCUGCAUCCGCUGCUGCUCGCCGUUCAACUUCCUGCUCAACCCGCGGCGCCGCUGCGGGGACUGCCUGCUGGACGUGUGCCGCGCCUGCCGCGCCUACCGCAAGGCCGAGCGCGCCUGGCUCUGCUGCACCUGCCAGAAGAGGAGGCUGCUGAAGAUCCAGUCUCUGGAGUGGUUCUAUGUGAACGUCAAAGGCCGCUUCAAGAGGUUCGGCAGUGCCAAGGUGCUGAAGACCCUGUACAGGAAACACGUGGCACAGCGGGGCACGGUGGCUGAGCUCACAGAGGGCAGCACCUACGAGGAGAGCGUCCACACGGAGGGGAGCGUCUGUGAGAGCGACACGGCGUUCUGCCGACAGAGUGAAGAGCAUGGCGAGGCAGACACCCUCACAGUGGCAAAGCGGGUGGCAGGGGACGCCAUAGAUGAAGCCAUUUCCAAGGCUGAGUUUCACACCGACAACCAGGCGAAGCAGAAGGAGGCCCUCUAUCUACGAGAGAACAGAGGGGAACUCAUCGAGGAGCUGGCCAAAACUAUCGUCCAAAAAAUCAUCAGCCGGAGGAAAGGCUUGGCCGAGAUGAAGCCGGGAUCUGACCAGGAAUGCCCCCCAGACGCUGGUCACGGCUCCCUCGCCCGCCAGGCCAAGAUCUGGAGGUCCCAAUCGGCCUUCUCUCUGCUGGACAACGACCUCCCAGAGCUGAAUCUCCCAAUGGGGCUGAGGAAUGAGGGAGAAGGGUCAGCUGUCUGGCAGAGUGUCGACCGCCUUCUGGACAACUCUAUGCUGAAGAGCCCGGACGGGAACUGGAUCACCCUGCAGAGCGGCCAGCUGUCCCGGCCCAGCCUGCUGACGCGCAGGAAGAGCCUGGUGUUCAGCGCCCUGGAGCAGGAGUGCGGCCAGGUGUCGGCCUACAGCGCCAUGGCCUCGGACGCCGACACCCCGCCCGAGUACUCGGGCUCCUGGGGGACCGUCCUGCAGGACCUCCACAAGAAGAUGACGACGGCGACCUGCGCCUGCCGGUCCUCGGGGGGGACCCCCCCGGGACCCCCCCCCCCCCCGCGUCUGGGGGCCCGGCGGCGGUCUAGCGUCGACGGAGAGGGGCUCUCCAAGCACCGGCGGCCCUCGCUGGCCUUCAUGAAGAGGCAGCUCCCCCUGGAGGUCAGGAGGCCGUCGUCCUCGCGGAGGGCCAGCGUCAUCAACCUGAACUUUAACCCCGAGGGGACCGCCGGGGAGGGGGAGGGGGACAGCAGCGCGGGGGAGGAGCUUAAGGGCUCUGGCGGCGUCAGGCGAUCCCGACGGAGGAAGAGGAGUAGGAGGGAGAAGGAGCCGUCCUCGCUGUCGAAGUGCGACAGAAACCACCAGGAUGCCGACAACGGGAGCCACACGGCCACCUCCGCAUCCCAGCAUGCAUCUGACGCCGCCACCGCCCCCGACACGCUGACCUCGGAGGCCGCCUCCCCCGACCCCUUGGACCUGGAGGGCGGGCUCCGUCGCCAGGAAGGGAGCGUCAUGGGGGCGGAGCUGGUGUACCGACUGCAGCAGCUCGCCAGGCAGGGCAGCCUCUCGGACGCCUCCAUCGCCGGGGGCGACGACGAGGGGCCCCAACGGGGGACGGAGGAGAUAGAGGACGUGGAGGAGGAGGAGCAGAAGAAGAGGAAGAACGGAGACAAAGAGGAAGGGCAGCUGGAGGAGGGCGGGAGGUCUAGCCAUGAGGAGGACGUGGAUGUGACGAGAUCGGAGGACGCGUCCGUCCCAGAGGACGGGAUGGAUUGGAGCUAUCAGAGGAGUGUAGGAGAACACGGAGAGGAGGAGGAGGAGGAGGAGGAGGAGGAGGAGGAGGAGGAGGUGGAGGAGGAGGAGGAGGAGCAGGUGGAGGAGGAGGAGGAGGUGGAGGAGUUGGAGGAGGAGCAGGAGGAGGAGCAGGAGGAGGAGGAGGAGUUGGAGGAGGAGGAGGAGGAGGAGGAGAUGAAGAGGGAAUACAACCUGUGUCGGAUUGCCUCUCAGUCCAGAGUGUCCUUCUCCUCGUCCGCUCAUCGCGAGGGAGGCUGGCCGACAGGGGGUGGAGAAAGUGAGGAGGAGGAGGAGGUGGAGGUCGAGGAGGAGGAGGAGGAGGAGGAGGAGGAGGAGGAGGAGGUGGUGCCUGGGAGGAACGGCCAGACGGCGGAGCAGAAGAAGGAGGAGCUGGUGUUCCACCUGCUCCAACUAGAGAGCCAGGUCAGGGCCACCCAGUUCUCCUCGACGGAGGACGAGCUGGACCGGGCCGGUCGAGGAGGGGACGACGAUCGGGAGAGAGAGGGCGGCGCCAGAGGAGAGAAGAUGGCCGCCAGGCUGUGCCGGUUGGCCGAGCAGGUCAGCGCCGGGGAGUUCUCGUCCACUGAUGACGAGGGGGAGGAGAGCUUGAGGGGAGGGAGGGAGGACGGGGGAGGGGUUUUGGAGAAGGAGGAGAGGUUCCUGUGGAGGAGGGAGGCGGAGAGCCCCACCCUGCCCUCCCCGCUCCGGGACUUGGCCGGUCUGGCCAGCGCCUCGCAGUUUUCCUCCACGGAGGAUGAGUUGGACCGGGCAGGAGUAGUUGAGGGUGGAGGAAGAGGUGGAGGCGGAAGAAGAAGAAUCAGAAGGUGGGGAGCAGAGAAAAGGAGCGAUCCCGGGGCGGGAAGGGCAAUGGAGGAACGGUGGUCUGUGAGGUUGAAGCGAGAGGGUGUGUCGGUGGAAUCGAGAGCCGAGAGGAAGGGCAGCAUGGCGGAUAUAGCCAGGGGGAUGUUGGAUCUCUUGGAUACCCAAGAGGGGGAAGGCAUCGCAAAGGUAGUCGACGAUGUAGCCCAAGACAGUGAGGAAGGGGGAAUGAUUGCAGACAGCCAAGACAAAGUCGGAGAUCAUGCAGAGUCGUCUGAGAGUAGGCGACGUGGUGAGGAGAGGACGAUGGAGGUAACCGUCCAGCGAGAUGGGACAGAGGGGGAAGGGGAACACGGGUAUUCCAGUCCCAGUGGUGGAUGUGGUGUGGAGGACAAAGACUGGCCCCCGGAAGACCAGACGGAAGUGCUAUCCUGUGCUCCUAUCCAUGGAGAACAAGAGAGAGAAGACAGAGAAGAACGAUUGUUACAAACAGGGCAGGGAGAGGAGGCUGGGAGACAGACUCACAGGGAUCCAACUACAGCCGUAAAUCAAACGAGGGCCUCAAAAGAGGACAUUUUACGUUAUGAACUGGAGUUGGAAAACUCUGAAGAAGAGCAGGUGUUGCCGGCCAGAGAUUGGCGACACGCAGAAACCAAAAGUGACACGAGUGAACCUGAAGAGAUGGAAUUGGACGGAAUAAUGAGCACCACGAGAGAGGAGGGGGACAGUGAUAUGUACAUCCUAGAUGGAGGGAAGGCUGUUAUAUCCAAAGAGGUGGUGGGGGAACACAGUGGGUCUGCGUCUCAGGAAAGAGACCAUCCGGAGACAGAGGAGAGACAAGGCCAUGGCACAACUCUGGGAUUGCUCCGCAGCAGCGAGGGAGACUUGAGUCAGGAGAUGAGGACCGAAGGAGACAGGACGGCAGGACGGAUCGAGGAGCAGGGGGCGAGCGCCAGUGGAGGCCAAGCUGGAGACAUUGAGCCAGAAGAUCAGACGUCCAUACUGUCCCCAGAGGAGAUUCAUAACAGGUACUCGGCCGUGGCUCUGCGUGGCCUCACCACGGAGAUGCUGAAGGUGCUGAACGCCACUGAGGCGAUCCUCCAGGGGGCGGGGUCCCCGGCCCCUCCGGCCCCCCCCCAGCUCCUGCUGGCCCCCGGCACGGACCCCCUGAAGCUGGACCAGCAGUUCUCCAGACUGGAGGAGAACGUGUACGUGGCGGCGGGCGCCGCCUUCAGCCUGGAGACUGAGCUGGGGGACCUGGAGGAGUGCGCCAGGGGGGUGAGCGGGGACACCCCGGACGGGGAGCUCUCCUUCCUGGAGGAGAAGGUUGCCUCGGCGGCCGCCAAGGUGCGCCAGUCCGGGCGCAAGGUAUCGAACAUCUCCGCCAGGAUCGCUGCCCUGAAGAACGCCGGUCUGAAAGUAGACCCUCACGCCAAGACCACUCAGCCAAACGCGUCGCCCUCGUCUCGGCAGCUCAGGAGGAGGUUACCUGCUACCCCGGUGGAAGGGAAGGACGUUUGAGCAGUGUUUCCUAGCAAGCCCGGAUCACCAUCUAAUACCGUACUACCACCACCGAGUAGUGCCUCGAUCUUCAGCCGCUGCAUCUUAUAGGGCAUUUGAGAUGCUUUCAGCCAAUGAGGUGAUGGCUGCCUUUUAACGACACUUAACCAUUUAAUAUAAAUAUGAUUCUACUUUUCUAUGACAGUGGAUUAUAGACUACCUAACGAUUUGAUCUAAGGGAUCAUCAGAGUGAUAAAAUGUCCAACCAUAUAAUAUGAAUUGUCUCUUUUAGCUUAAAAUGAUUAUGUCACUCUGUUUAUUUUGAAUGCAUCAUUGAGUAUCACUACAUAGUUGACAUUUGAAGGUAUUAUAUAUCAUUUCUGCCACAAAUGGUCUCUCAAUGAACAGAAUAACAAAAGACGUAGUCGGUUUUACUAUUGUUGGAAACACUUGGGAUCAUGUGAGUACACAACUCAACAAAAUAUAUAACAUAGGUCUAGUCGUUUUUUAGUUAUCUUAAUGAAGAAAUGUUACUUGAUAUACCUUUAACUUUGAAAUGCAACAUAUACAAAAUGAUUGAAGACCCUUAUUAUAUGAAGCCACUCCUUAAAGGCUUUACAGAUAACCAAAUGCAAUGUCCCUUAUAAGCUGCAUAACCUUGAAUGCACUUAUUGUACCGGUUAUUUAAAAGCAACAUUCAGGAGGAUUUAGAAAUUGGGGGUAAGAAAUGCACAUAUGUUGCUCACUGUUUAUUUAACAGUGAGCAACAAAUAUUCAGAAGGAUGAGAUUGGAGAGAAUUAAUUUUAACUGCGUGAUGUUCUAUGUUGCCAAAUAUUUUGUCAGUUGAUAGUGAAAAACUCUAUUUCUUGGUAGAAAAGUUGACAGGGAGAUUAAACUGUUGGUUCAUCUUUUGGAAUUGUGCACUGCAUCUCAAAUAAAAUAAAAUCAGUAUUUUCAUG